UAAGACCAGCAAUGAACCAAAGUGCCCGCCGCUGCUCGCGGAGGCGGAAAGCGCACCAAGGAAAAUUCCCGCGCGUGGGACCUCGCUCUACUCUUGAGAUGUGCGAAACGAGAGUGAGGCGAAGAAAUCUAUGGGCGAUGUACAUGGCUACAAGGCACCUCCUCAGCAAAUGGAAGAUUGAAGAUAUUUUCACAAUUCAAAGGACUGCCCUGCAAAAUGCCAAACUGACCUACCAACGGUCAAUGAAAAAUCUGAGAAGAGGAAAGCUUCAGAAGGGCAGGAUAAGGGCAGGAAACCACAAGGGGAUCUGAGGCAGAAGGAGAAAGAGAAGGGGAGGGUUCUGGACAGGGAAGUCAGAAACAAACCACCACACCCAAAUCCUUCUCAUGAACAGGAGAGGGGAAGGGUUACAGUGGUUUGGAAGAAGAAGAACCCCAACCCUGUUGCAGGAAGCGAUGGACCCCAUAAUGGGCUGAACUCCGAAGGAAAGGAUAAGGACAAGGGUGCGGAACACACUGAGAAAGCAGAAUUGGAGAAACGGGAGAAGGCACCCCUAGGAGAUCACCCACAGGAAAAGGGGGAUAAAGACGUAGAAAUGAUUAGUGACGAUGAGAAUGGCAAUGGAAGGAAGGAAGGGGGGACAGAAGAACAAACGGAGGAUGAGAAAGGAAACGAAGACGUUGAGGGAAGGGAAGAUCUAGUGGAAGAAGAUGGGAAGAGUAAGAAACAGGAAGAGGAAGACAUGGAAGUUGAGGAUGAGGAGGACGAAGAAUCGGAGGAAGAAGAGGAAGAAGAAGAGGAAGAAGAGGAGGAAGAAGAGGAGGAGGAAGAGGAAGAAGAGGAAGAAGAAGAGCUAUCUGAGGACGAAGAAGACGAAGAGAAAGGAGACGGAAGUGGAGAGGAAGAAAACAGGGAGGAAAGGGAAGUAGAGAAGGAGGAUGAAAAGGAUGGAGAAGAAGUAGGGGAGGAGGGUGGGGAGGAAAAGGGUACUCGGGACGAUGAAGGGGAGGAAGGAGUGGAAACUGGUAAUGAUUCAGAGAAGGGGGUGAGGAAGGAAAAAAGGAAGAAGAGGGGGAGGAGGCACACGUAAGGAAGACAGGGGGGAGUUCGGAGAAGGGAAAAACCGGAAGAGAAGCGAUAGGGGAGGAAGUUCAAAAAGAUCACGAGAAGGAACUCAGAGCGGAUGAGGCUGGGCUUGUGGAGGAAAGAUUGGAAGAAAACUCCCACGAGCCCAAAGCUCCAGCCCCAGGGAAAUUUCAUGUUCUAUAACAACAACGCCUUUAUUCUGGAAGAAAGAGACCAACAAGAUAGACCCAGACUGGAAAUGGAUAAAGAUGCUCAGGGAGA